AUGGCCUCAACAAUAGACAGACCUCACAACCCUCAAACAGGACCGACACCGUCCAAGCGAAAAUCCCCCGAGGAAACCGACGCGUCGAAAACGUCCUCGUCCGCAGCCAAAGUCAUAACCUUCACAUCCCGCAAUCCAGCCUGGACCUACCUCAAACUCCAACU